AUGGUUGCAAUUGAAAGUGAGGAAAUAUUUGUAGUACAACUGAUAGUGCGUCCCCGGGCCGUGGACGGAGUCGAUAACGGUCUACGGUACCUAUUGCCGAAGGUCCUGAUCGAGGUCGUCGACACCAUGCGAGCAUAUCGAGACAUCGACAGCGGCGGCGGGCGGCGCGCGCCACGCACUUCCGACGCGACGGAUUUGCCGGAAUCGGCGCGGGCGCAUCAAAAGAGCUCGCAAAAUUCGGACGGAGGCGCUUGCGCG